AUGCAAAGAAAUAAUAGUUUAAGAAAGUUCUUUACAGUGCCAAUAAUCAUGACUCGGCAUGUCAAAAGAAACGCGUUAUCCGCAGGUCUUUCUUCUGCAGGUAAUGCAACGUCAAAUGAAUUUGAUGAACAUUUACAAAAUGAGGUUGAAAGAGAGAAGGAAAUUCAAAAAAGAAAAAAAAUAAAACGAACUCAACCAAAAAAGCUGCCAAGUCUGAUCGGCGGAUCCACUUUCCAAUCAAGAACGACAGGGAGUAAGAAGGAGAAACAUAGACAACUAGAUCCGGAGUAUAAAGCCGUCAUCGAUGGGCCCCUAAGGAAAAUCAAGCCCUACCAUUUUAUCUACAGGACCUUUUGCAAAGAGCGUUGGAGAGAUAAAAAAUUGGUCGAUGUCUUCACGUCUGAAUUUCGAGAUCGUGAACCUGAAUACUAUAAAAGAACAAUUGCCAACGGGGAAGUUUGCUUAAACGAUAAGGCUGCGGACCUAUCUUCUGUAAUUCACAAUGGUGAUCUGAUAACGCAUCAAGUGCAUAGACAUGAGCCUCCAGUUACUUCUAGGCCCAUAAAGGUUAUUUUUGAAGAUGAUAACAUAAUGGUUAUUGAUAAACCAAGUGGUAUACCUGUUCACCCAACUGGCCGAUAUCGGUUUAAUACGAUUACGAAGAUGCUACAAAAUAAUCUAGGGAUUGUCGUAAAUCCAUGUAAUAGAUUAGAUAGGCUCACAAGCGGAUUAAUGUUUUUGGCAAAAACCCCGAAGGGAGCUGAUGAUAUCGGUGAUCAACUAAAAACUCGAGAAGUUACUAAAGAAUACGUGGCCAGGGUGGUUGGAGAAUUUCCAGAAAUGGAGAUAAUUGUUGAAAAGCCUUUAAAACUGGUCGAACCAAGGCUUGCUCUUAAUGCAGUGUGCCAAAUGGAGGAGGAAGGUGCCAAGCAUGCAAAAACUGUUUUCAACAGAAUCAGCUACGAUGGAAAAACUAGCGUUGUAAAGUGCAAACCGCUUACCGGGCGAUCACACCAAAUUAGGGUACAUUUACAAUACUUAGGCCACCCGAUUGCUAAUGAUCCUAUUUAUUCGAACGACGAAGUAUGGGGUAGCAAUCUAGGAAAAGGUGGACAGGUUGACUUCGAUACAGUUAUGGCUAAAUUGGAUGAAAUAGGGAAAAGCAAGCCUGCAAAAAGUUGGUUCUAUGAUGGUGUCGGGUACGGUGAGGUAUUAAAGCAAGAAAAAUGUUCUGUUUGUGAAUCUGAUUUGUAUAGUGAUCCUGGCCCUAAUGACCUUGAUCUCUGGUUACACGCAUAUCUGUACGAAUCCACCAAGACUGACGAAGAAACCGGAAAAAAAAAGUGGUGCUACAAAACAGAGUAUCCAGAAUGGGCUCUAGCAAGAUAG